UUAUUAAUAUUAUUAAGUAAGUUCUAUAUACACAGAUUUAAAUGGUCAUAAAGGAAGCCCAAUAUCUCUUAAUUCGAGGCUGAAUUAUAAAUGCAUGAAUUACAAAACAGAACCUGUCAAACAACUCGCCUCAUCUGAAUAGACUUUUACUUUCGGAGGAAGUGACGUCACAGAUAUUCAGCUUUUUUUCCGUUCGAGAUUUGGUCCUGCAGAAGCAGUAGUGAAUUCGAUCAAAACCCCAUAGCAUUAGUUUGCUCUCGGAUUUGUGUUCGUAUUCAGUUUUCUGGAGUCAGACAUCAUGCCCAUGUACAAGGUAAAGCCCAUAUGUCCGGGGGAUAUAAAGAUUGAUUUACCGACGUGCAUGUACAAGUUACCGAAUAUCCACGCGCAGCCCGGAAGCAGCUGUGCCGAACACGCGCUUCAGAAUGGCGAAGUGGAUCCUGCCCUCAAAGCUCUGGAGGUUCGCCAGGACGAGAUCAUGCGGAAGCUGUAUGAGCUGAAAGCAGCAGUGGAUGGCCUGGCAAAGACAGUCACUACUCCAGAUGCUGACAUGGAUGUUUCAACUCUGUCACAGACCACUACAGCGUCCUCCUUUACAGGCACGGCAGAUCUGGAUGCUCUUCUCGGAAAGGAUCCAGGUGCUCUGAGGGACAUCGUGAUCAAUGCCAACCCUGCCAGCCCACCACUUUCUCUGUUGGUGCUGCACGGGCUUCUGUGCCAGAGUUACCGUGUGCUCUCCUCUGUGCACACGCAUUCGUCCAUCUCCAGUGUCCCCCCUCAACUGCUUACAUGCUUAGGGCCACGCCAUGCUGAGAGCUAUAGCCGUCAACAGUUCCAGCUGGGUUUUACACUUAUAUGGAAAGAUGUGCCAAAAGUACAGAUGAAGUACAGCACACAGAGUAUGUGCCCCAUUGAAGGCGAGGCCAAUGUGGCACGCUUCCUGUUCCGGCUGCUGGGGCUUGAGCCGAAGGAUCCAAUUGUUGCCACACAGUUGGACAGCUGGGUGGAUACAGCCUUCUUUCAGUUGGCAGAGGGGGGCAGUAAGGAGCGGGCUGCUGUGCUGCGUUCACUCAACAGUGCUCUGGGCCGCUCGGCUUGGCUACUGGGCCAUGAGCCCUCAUUAGCCGACAUUGUAUGUGCGUGUUGCAUCCUUCGAGAAGGCCAGGCCUUGUCCACUCCUGCCAAUGUGCAGCGCUGGCUCCAGGCUUGCAGGAACCUUGAGCACUUCCACUGCAUCGCCCCUUUGCUGCUGUGAAUAAGUCUCCUACAAUGGGUUUAAGAUUAAGAUGAAAGGUGAAAGUAAAAUAAAGAGCAAAUGUCAUAAUAUUCUACAUGGAAUUUUUCACACUAAAGGUGCAUCAGUGAUUGAUAGAGCUCAGAUCUGCCCAGUUAUUUUCUUUUUCUUACAACAAACCUCAGAGCAGGUGAGCUUCAAAUGAAAGCCUGUCCAUACACAGUACUAUAUGAAUAUUUAUGUAUUCUGGUCAUUAUAAUAAAUGUAUAAGAAACCAGACCACUGUCUUAUUCACAGUGCUUUUAUAGCAUUGAGCUGGCAUUUCUGAAAGUGAAUUCUGGGUGUGAAUGCUGUCUCCUGCCACAUGGUGCCUAACAUGAUACUGUAGUGUGAGUACUAUGUUAAUGCUAAAUCUUAUUUCGUGUUGAUGAGUGAUUCCCGAUGUGAUACAGAGGACCUACUGGAAGUGUAUAAGACUUAUGGCAGAUACUUUGUAACGUCUUUUUCUUAAAGCCUAUUAAAGAUUUUCACACUGGGAAAACUUA